AUUUUUGUAUCUCACAAACAUCAAGGGAUUUGAAGGGUAUUUUUUCGUUACAUAGCAGUAGAUAAUGUUAUGUAUACAUCGAGAAAAUGGUCCUCAACAGCGGUAGAGGGGGUAGUGAUAUCGGCCUUUGUGCUCUUCUUUGUUGCAAAUCACGAUUGCACCGUGCGGACUAUGCAAAGAACACCAGAACAGAUCAAGACCAACAUGACAAGACAUAAAAUCGUGCCCGACGUUAUUGACACAUUCCCUGAGAUGUCAAUUCUGAUGCGUUAUUCAGAAUUUGUGAAUGCCGACCUUGGAAAUGAGUUGAAGUAUGAAGACAUCGAGGAGUACGUUCCUUUAAUAUCUUGGAAAUACGAAGAGGGAAAAUAUUAUACUUUGAUGAUGCUAGACCCUGACAGUCCGACUGAGCAAAACCCAACUAAACGAAGCUGGGUGCAUUGGAUUGUUGGCAACAUACCGGACCAUCAUGUAAUGGAGGGUGAACACAUAAUCGAGUACCAAGAAACAAGACCUGCAAAUGGCACGGGAUUCCAUCGGUACGUUGCGAUGAUCUUUAAACAACCUCAAGGGAAAAUAAACUUCAAUGAAUCACAUAUUCACCAAUUUAAUCAGAAUGAUGAGAAUGUAAGAGCUAAAUUUUCAGCCACAAAAUUUGCUGUGAAGUAUGAACUGGGAAAACCUUUGGGGAUAAAUUUCUUCCGAGCUAAGUGGGCUUACGUCGAUAUUUACGAUUAUGAAGAUGAUGAUGAGAAGUAAAUGUGUUGUUCUUCAAAGUGACUUUCACCCUGUUAAAGCACACAAUUUUCACAACAGAGUAUGUCUUUAAGUGUCGUUAGUCACUUGAUGCUUCUCAGAGAAGCACGCCAUGACAAAGCAUCACUGAGUCAAACUUUUCUUAUAGCCUCUUGUCCUGUGUCUAAAUAAUUGUCCAUGAAUACAUACGUCAGCUUGCACAUA